AUGGUGCCGCAGGAGCAUGGCCCUCUCCAGGUCCUUCUGAACCUCAGCAGCCCCCUCCCCUGUCUUCACCCCCUCUCCCCCCAGUCUAACCUCACCCCCCAUCAUCAGAUCUCAGCAGCCCCCUCCCCUAGUCUUCACCCCCUCUCCCCCCAGUCUAACCUCACCCCCCAUCAUCAGAUCUCAGCAGCCCUCUCCCCUGCCUUCACCCCCUCUCCCCCCAGUCUCACCUCACCCCCCUCAUCAGACCUCAGUAGCCCUCUCCCCUGCCUUCACCUCCCUCUCCCUCCAGUCUCACCUCCCCUGCCUUCACCUCCUCUCCCCCCAGUCUCACCUCCUCUGCCUUCACCCCCUCUCCCCCCAGUCUCACCUCCUCUGCCUUCACCCCCUCUCCCCCCAGUCUCACCUCCCCUGCCUUCACCUCCCUCUCCCCCCAGUCUCACCUCCCCUGCCUUCACCCCCUCUCCCCCCAGUCUCACCUCCUCUGCCUUCACCCCCUCUCCCCCCAGUCUCACCUCCUCUGCCUUCACCCCCUCUCCCUCCAGUCUCACCUCCCCUGCCUUCACCUCCUCUCCCUCCAGUCUCACCUCCCCUGCCUUCACCCCCUCCAGUCUCACCUCCUCUGCCUUCACCCCCUCUCCCCCCAGUCUCACCUCCUCUGCCUUCACCCCCUCUCCCUCCAGUCUCACCUCCCCUGCCUUCACCUCCUCUCCCUCCAGUCUCACCUCCCCUGCCUUCACCCCCUCCAGUCUCACCUCCUCUGCCUUCACCCCCUCUCCCCCCAGUCUCACCUCCCCUGCCUUCACCCCCUCUCCCCCCAGUCUCACCUCCCAUGCCUUCACCCCCUCUCCCCCCAGUCUCACCUCCUCUGCCUUCACCCCCUCUCCCCCCAGUCUCACCUCCUCUGCCUUCACCCCCUCUCCCCCCAGUCUCACCUCCUCUGCCUUCACCCCCUCUCCCUCCAGUCUCACCUCCCCUGCCUUCACCCCCUCUCCCCCCAGUCUCACCUCCCAUGCCUUCACCCCCUCUCCCCCCAGUCUCACCUCCUCUGCCUUCACCCCCUCUCCCCCCAGUCUCACCUCCUCUGCCUUCACCCCCUCUCCCCCCAGUCUCACCUCCUCUGCCUUCACCCCCUCUCCCUCCAGUCUCACCUCCCCUGCCUUCACCCCCUCUCCCCCCAGUCUCACCUCCUCUGCCUUCACCCCCUCUCCCUCCAGUCUCACCUCCCCUGCCUUCACCUCCCUCUCCCUCCAGUCUCACCUCCCCUGCCUUCAACCCCUCUCCCCCCAGUCUCACCUCCUCUGCCUUCACCCCCUCUCCCUCCAGUCUCACCUCCCCUGCCUUCACCUCCUCUCCCUCCAGUCUCACCUCCCCUGCCUUCACCCCCUCCAGUCUCACCUCCCCUGCCUUCACCUCCCUCUCCCUCCAGUCUCACCUCCCCUGCCUUCACCCCCUCUCCCCCCAGUCUCACCUCCCCUGCCUUCAACCCCUCUCCCCCCAGUCUCACCUCCUCGCCUUCACCCCCUCUCCCUCCAGUCUCACCUCCCCUGCCUUCACCCCCUCUCCCCCCAGUCUCACCUCCCCUGCCUUCACCUCCUCUCCCUCCAGUCUCACCUCCUCUGCCUUCACCCCCUCCUCCCCCCCAGUCUCACCUCCUCUGCCUUCACCUCCUCUCCCUCCAGUCUCACCUCCCCUGCCUUCACCUCCUCUCCCUCCAGUCUCACCUCCCCUGCCUUCACCCCCUCUCCCUCCAGUCUCACCUCCCCUGCCUUCACCCCCUCUCCCUCCAGUCUCACCUCCCCUGCCUUCACUCCCUCUCCCUCCAGUCUCACCUCACCCCCCCCUCAUCAGACCUCAGUAGCCCUCUCCCCUGCCUUCACCUCCUCUCCCCCCAGUCUCACCUCCCCUGCCUUCACCCCCUCUCCCUCCAGUCUCACCUCUCUCAUCAGGUCCUGCUCCAGGAGGUUGUUCUCCUCUUCGGCCUGGACCUGCUGCAGACAUUCCUUCUGCCUCAUCAGCCACUCCUGCUUCUCCCUCUUCGGGGUCGACUGGUUCUCGUUCAGCUCCUGCACACAGGUCACAUGCACCUUUCAGCAUUUAUGGAGCUAA